AUGGCGUUGAACAACUCGAUCAAAGACUUCGAUCAAAGGCUUUUGCGUUCUACAACUGUCCAGGUUCGUACAUCAGAUGGACGUGUGUUAAUUACCGAUCGCAAUGACAAUGUUAUUUCUUCUAUUACAAAACCAAUCAAUCUUAAUGAUGAUAUAUCACGAUAUGGUUUUAUCCUCAAUGCUGAACCAGAUCUAGAAGUUGGAGAAGUACAGGUCCAAGGCACCACCUACUAUUUUGGUUCUCAAGAUGUUGCUGAAGACUUAAAUACUCUGCAAGAUAAGGGAAUAACUCAUAUCGUUAAUUUAAUAAGUGACUAUGCAGAAAAUAAAUUUGAGGACCGUUUUGAAUACUUGUCUUGCACUUUGUUUGAUGACAUGCAGGCGGACUUGAUGCCGGCUAUUACUGCCUGCUGUUCCUUUAUACAGGAGAAGGUUCUCCCUUCCCACGGCCGUAUGUUCAUCCACUGUAAUGUCGGUGUCUCUCGCGCUCCUUCCGUCCUCAUUGGAUGCCUUAUCAAACUCUAUCAGAUGCCCUUCGAGGUUGCUUAUAGGACUGUCAAUGAUGCACGCAGUAUCUCUCCAAAUCUUAACUUUAAGUUGCAACUGCGGGCUCUCGGCGAGGAAAUAUCUCCGAUAAGAUUACCUAAAUGA